UCCUGGGACCCCAUGUCCCACCGUGUGCCACCCAGCCCUGUCCCCAUCCUGUCCCCACCCUGCCCACAGCCCGUGGCCACCCUGCCCCCACCAAGGGCCACCUACACGUGGGGACGAGUCGUGACCUCGCUUCCUUCCCCUUCAUCCGAAGAGCCGCCAGCCAGGGGAGCGGUGGCCACGGCAGCCAGUGACAGCCAGUCCACAUGGCUGGGGACAGCGGGAUGGCCGGGAAGGUGACGCUGCUCCUGUGGGCCCAGACCCUCGGCCUCGCUGGUGCCCAGACCCCCCAGCUCCUCGUGGAACCCCCCUGGAGGCCGGCGGUGCUGUGGGACGAGGUGACACUGACCUGCCAGGGCUCGGCGACCGCCGGUGCCACCACCUGGUACAAGGACAGGUGGCACUGGGGGCCGAGGGGACACAACCGCGUCACUGUCACCGAGAGUGGCACCUACGAGUGUGGCAGACCCGGCAGUGGGCACAGACUGCCCGUGAGAGUCUCAAAUGAGCCUGUCCCCUGCUCUGGGGACAUCCCAGAGCAUCCCAGUGAAGGGGACCCCCGUGCUGGAACUGGGGACCCCUGGUCCGCUGGUGUGACCCAAUGGGGGGUCCCGGUGCCAUCGGGUGUGACAGGACCCCUCUGUCCCCCAGACCGGCUGGUGCUGCAGGUGCCAGCGCGGGCGCUGCUGGAGGGGGACACGGUGACACUGCGCUGCCGGGGCUGGCGGGACAACAAGGUCACCGAGGUGUCCUUCUACCACGAGGGGCAGGAACUGGGGCGGCUCCCCGAUGGGACCGAGCUGUCCCUGUCGCCUCUGGAGCUGCACCACAGCGGCCGCUACCGCUGCAAGGGCCGGCUGGGAUGGUGGGAGUGGAAGGAGUCAGCGCCGGUGACAGUGACAGUGCAGGUGCCCGUGGCCAAUGCCACCAUCACCCCCGCUCCCCCGGCACACCAGGUGUGCCCAGGUGACCCCGUGACCCUGCGCUGCUCAGUGCAGGUGGGCUCAGCCCCUGUCACCUUCACCUGGCUGCACAACGGGCAGGAGGUGGCCCGGGGUCCCCUCCUGGAGCUUGGGAACGUCAGUGUGGCACAUUCGGGCACCUACCAGUGCGUGGCCACCAACCAGCUGGGACAGGACGAGCACCGGGCACUCAGCCCAGAGCUGGCACUGACGGUGACACCGUGGGGCCACAGGGACGCAGUGGCCGCAGGGGUCGGUGGGGCCCUUUUGCUCCUGGUCCUGCUCGUGGGUGUCAUUGUGGCCUGGCACCGGUGGCACCGUGUGGCCGCCAGGAAGCACCAGGAAAGGGCCCCCCCGGAUCCCCCCGAGGAGGGGGAGGUGCUGUACACCCAGGUCGUGAGCAGCAAACAGGCGCAGUUGUCCCCCCGUGCCACCACACCCCAGGAUCCCCACGUCACCUACGCGGAGCUGCGGGGACCCCACGGGCGACCUCAGGAACCCGGUGACAUCUACGGGAAUGUGCUGUGACACUGGGGGGAACUGGGGGGCACUGGGGGUCCCCACCCAUGGGUGCCCACACGUGUGUGUGCUGCCACUAAAAACUGCCCCUCUCCCUCCCCGUGGAGACACAAAGAUCCCAAAGGGCUGAGAGAAGAACGAUUUCCUGAAACAGCAACGAGAGAGAA